GUCAAAGCGAGAUCCAUCACAUAGUCACAUAGUCCACAGGAAGGACCUCUCAGAUUCCCUAGGACCCUAGUCAAUCUAAACUAGUGAGCCCUCCCCUGAGUAAACACUACACUACCUCGUUAUCUCUACCCUCCUCCAAACAGCUACAGCAAGCAUAUCAGCAUUCGCAGUCCGCAGCCCUCAGGCUACUCGGACCCAAUCCAAAAGCGCGAGACUACAUCAUGAUUCUCAGCGGACUCGAAGUCGUCACCCGCCAGUUGGUGCGUAACCUACGGCAUGUUCCCCAGCAACGACAACCGUGCGGAGUCGACCUUACUUUACGCCAGGUCUCCAAAUGGACCUCCGCGGCCACCAUUGACUUCGACAAUACCAAGCGUCAAGCAGCCCAGACGUCGAGCCUGCCCUUCGACACCACCAGCCACGCGAUCACACUACAGCCAGGCGCCUACUUAGUCGACUUCAACGAGACCGUCCACGUCCCACGGAAUUGCAUGGGGAGCGUAUUCCCCCGAUCGUCGCUCUGGCGGUCGGGCGUGGGGAUCGCGGCCGGAGUGGUCGACGCUGGGUAUGAGGGUGCAAUGGGAGCUUUACUGGAGGUGAAGAACCCCCAUGGAGUCGUGCUGUACCGAAAUGCCAAGCUCGCUCAGAUUGUCUUCGAGGAACUGGGGGAAAUUGUCGAGGGGUAUCAGGGGAUCUACCAGUCUUCGACGAGCAGCGUGGGGCGCAAUGGGACAAGGAGUAAUUGACUCUAUCUCCGUUCCCUUUGUGGGAUAUGCAUAGGUCAUGAAGGACACAAAGAUCACAGACCUGACUCACGGCGCACCUGACUCUAUGAACCUCCGAAUAAACGAAUCAUCCGACCUCGUCCGACAUUUUGUUUGUCCUUUCAUCUUCCCUCGGUCUUUUGUGGCAGAUCAGUUCUGGCUUUUUUUUUUUUUUUCACUUCCUUUGCUUCGUCCGGUUGCUCCG